CAUGAGCAUCAUCAUGUCUGUCUCUGCUCUGCUCUCAGCUCUGCUGCUGCUGGCCUCCACAGCCUCAGCCGCACACUUCUAUGGAGGAUCAAUGACCUUCGACCCAAGAAAGAAUCCUGAUGGAUCCUAUAGGGUGGAUAUUCGCUUUAAGGAGGCCUAUCACAGCUGCUCUAUGGGUGAUUCCUGGUCUUGCGGAUCUGGAAAUUGUGGCAGUAGAAGCACUUAUGUGAGCGGUCGUUUGGACAACAGUCCCAAUGGUGGUGGCUGGUGCCAGACUGAGGGUGUGAUGACAAGAACCGUCUCCAACAACAGCCCAUUUCAGCUGCACAAAAGUAGUUGCUGCUGGAUCUAUAACACAGUUUCAAAUGGUGGAAACUGGAGACUUCUCACACAUAUUGACCUUGGAGAGAGAUCUGACACCUCUAAACCCAACAGAUCUCCAGUCGCCACCACACUUCCCAUUGUAAGAGUUCCUCAGAAUUGCAUCAGGAACUACAAUCUUCUGUCCUGUGAUCCAGAUCAUGACCAGGUCAGGUGCAGAUAUGGACUUUCUUCUGGAAAUGAGUGUGGAAUGUGCAACCAACAUGCUGGAUUCACUUUGGACCAGAGCACCUGUACUCUGUCAUAUUCCAAUGCUUCAAGAGGUGUUUAUGCAUUUGAGCUGGUCAUGGAGGACUAUCCCACCCAGAUCAUAACUCUAAACUACACUGCCAUGGCCGCGGCGGUCAGAUCCCCCUUUGUUAAUGCAUACUCCAAUCCACCAUUGAGCAAAAUACCUCUCCAGUUUUCCCUAGAAGUGGAGGAUCCUGCACCAUCUUGCACUGAGGGGGAAUAUCUACCUCGGUUCCUCCACCCAACACCUCACCAUGGAGAACAUCUAGAGGCUCAUGUCAAUCAAGAGUUGGAGUUUAGAGUAAAGGCUACUGCUACCUUCUCAAGCAUCACUGAUGUGGUCUUUAGUGGACCUCUGAACAGCACAAAGGAGACCACCACCACUGGGGAGUAUGUGAUCAACUGGACACCAACGUCAGAGAAUUAUGGCCAACAUUUUCCAAUUUGCUUCAUUGCAGAGGGCCAAAAUGGGUCUCGGAACUAUCAAUCUGAGAUGAGAUGUGUUAUUGUUGUGGUGAAGGCUGAAGGUCCAAGAGCACAAGUGACUUGCACUAAGGACACAAUGUCAGUGUCAAUAGAAAGAGUCACUAUUUCAGAUAUUCAUGGAGAUCACUUGCGGCUGAACAACAAUGAUUCCUGUCCCGUUUCUUCCAAUACCACGCAUGUGUUUACAACUUUCGCUCUAAAUGGAUGUGGUACUCAAAUGGAAGAGACUGAUGAACAUCUCCUCUUCAAGAACACAAUUGUUACCUUCGAUAAUCCAAACCACAUCAUAACCAGGAAAAAUGAAAUCGAAAUUGAAGUCAUGUGCAAGUACCAGAAAAAGAGCAGCAUCACCACAAGGUUUGAUGCUCACAGACCAGCUGUCAACUUCACCGAGAGAGGUUUCGGCUCAUUCAGCUAUCAGUUUGAGUUUUAUCAGUCUGACGGUUUCAGAAACAUAAGAGAUCCCAACAGCUACCCACUGGAGUAUAAUGUGGGACAGACCAUCUACAUGGAAAUUGCCCCAGUCAAUGUGCAAAACACUGAGGUCUUCCUUGAGUCCUGUGUAGCUACACCCUAUGAUAAUCCCAAUUUUCCCAUCUCCUAUCCCAUCAUCACAAAUGGAUGCGGGGUUGAUGAAACUGUCAACAUAUAUACGAGACACCAGUCCAAUGUCAAGUUCAGUAUGGAGGCCUUCAAAUUUAUUGGACAAUAUGACCAGGUGUUCAUCAGCUGCUCCAUUAUCAUCUGUCAAGCCAACAAUCCCAACACACGCUGUGCUCAGGGCUGCACCAACGGCACACAAGUCGCACCAUCCUCACACGUUCACAAAAGAGAAGCUGCCAUUCAGACCGGAAGCCACUUCGUCUCACAGGGACCCCUGCGGCUGAGGAGGAGCGCAUCACUUACUGAGGCCAUCAGCCCAAGCCUGAACCUGAACCUUGUUUUUGUGGCUGGAUGUGUCAUGGCAGUAGUUGCCAUGGUGUGUGGAAUGAUGGUCUACAAAUCCAGGGGAUCAAAAUACCAACUUCUGAAAUCAGAUGAGAUUUGAUCAGACGAGUUAAAACUACAAUGAAUUCAUGGCAGCCAGCUAAUUAACAUAUUUUGGUGGGAUGUCUAUCUAUGGUUUCUGCCUUUUCUGGCUUGGUAACACUGUAACAAAAACAUCUGUUCUGUCUGCAUGAAUGUAACCACUGCUUCUAGGCACUAGUGUAUGUUCUGCAGAAUUUGGUGCAGAUUUAAAACCAGCGUAAAAUUUAUGUAAUUGUUAAGUAUGGAUGAGGGAUGGAUUAUAUACUAUUAUAUUUCACUGUUUAAUAAGUGUCUCUUUGGGCCACUGCUUGGUGUGUUUACAUGGAUUGUAAGGUUUACUUUUAGUUAUCUCUUAUCUUAAUAACAUUUAUACAGCCUAAGAGUUAUGACUGUAACAUAAGCCUUAGUGUACUUGUCAUUUAAAUGGAGUCAGAUACAAUUAAACUAUAUGGCUAAUUACUGCUAAACAUGUCAAAGACAAGCUUUAGGCUAAACAUUUUCUGAAUACCACCAUGUCACACAACUUCCACAUAAGGCUUCAUACUUUUAGGUUUCAUACUGCUUUUUGUUUCUUACUGUCUGGCACUGUGCCUUGUAGAACGUGGGAUUAAUACUUGAAGCACUUCAAAAAAGCCUUCAAAAAGUUGUUUCUACUAAUCACAAUAAAGUUUAAAGAAUUGUUUCAGAUAAUUUG